GAUUCCCGGGGAGGAUUUUCCGUCGUCGUCGCCUGAAUAUAAGCAGCACAUGCCGGGGGCGAACAAGGACGAAGCGUGAAGCGUCAUAGAACCAUGAUGCCGGCUCCUUCAGGAAGUAGUCCCCAGCCGCCGGGCCUGUGACGUGUCGGCCGGUUCCCCCGGGGAGGAGCGGACCCUCCGCGGUCUCCAGUCCGCCCUGACCGACCCGAGACCCCGCCAGGCGAUGACAGCGGCUCCGGUCACUCCGCAGGGGAUGAGAGACCGGCUGCUGCAGGCCCUCGACGGCCAGAGCAAUAUAUGCAACAUGGUGGUAGUUAUGGAGGUUGUCUCUUUUUUGGAGAAAAAUCCAAUCACCAAAGAAGCACUGGAGGAAACUCGUCUUGGCAAGCUCAUCAACGAUGUCCGGAAGAAAACCAAGAACGAGGACCUGGCAAAAAGAGCGAAGAAGCUGCUGCGGAACUGGCAGAAGCUAAUUGAACCAGGGAAGGGUGAAGUGUUGUCCAAAGAACGCACUGGUGCAUCAUGGUCUUCCAAUGGUGGUGCUCAUCCCUGCAUCUCAGCACCAGCUGCCACCACAACAUCAGGUAAAACAGGCCCAGAGUUGAAGAAUAGAACUGACUUCAACAACUGCUACUCCCCACGCUUGGAAAAACCAGGAAACAGGAAACGUAAGGGUGACCAGAAGGAGGGACAGAUUUUACCAGCCAAGAUAUCCAAAAUGACCCUUAAUGAUAAAAUACAGAACUCCAAACAGCUGCCAGCCAAUGGAAUUGGAAGUAGCUCUGAUUUUUUUACAGAUUCUCCUACAUGUCAGCCUAUAGACAGGGAGAUUUCUGAGCCUUUGGACAAUGACAGGCUAAAUAAAAUCCCUGUCAAUGCCGUAAAACCUCAUCCAAGUUCCCUGGGAUACAGCAAACCUCUUUGCACUUCUUUGUCACAAGCAGCAGUUCUGCAGCAGCAAGAGAGUAAGGAGCAAGCUGCCUCUGGGGGUCAGUCUCGACCUAAGAGCCCCCGCUGCUCCUUGCACAGUCCUCAAACUCCAAAGCAGGAAGCUGUUGUCAGAAAAACCACACAAGCACAGAGUGGGAGUCUUUCGAGUCCCACUGUGAAGUCUGGGUCUGUGGAUACUUUUGUGCUGGGGCCUUCUCCUCAGCCUUUAAAUGUUUGUGUUCAGGGUUUUCAUAAUGAUAGUUUGAGGUCUGCUCAAGGCAGGCCUCCCGAUACAUCUCUCCACUACCCAACCAACUCCUCCUUCAAUGACAGGGUCAGUUCUGAAGACGAUAGUUCUUUAAGCAAUACAGGGAAAAGGAAAAGACAGAAAUACAAGCCUAAGGACAAUGGACAGACUGUUGAAGACGGCACUAAACCAGUCAGGUUAAAAGAUAGGCGACUGACGUUUGACCCCAUGACAGGGCAGAUCAAGUCCUCCUUCCAUAAGGAACCUUGCCAGGAGAAAGAGGCUCAACUCGUGCAAAGACUUGAACCUCAGUGGCCAGAACAGCCGAAGCAGAAUCCACCAGUUCCUUGCAGUCCCUUUCAGCAGACAGACUGGAAAGAGCUGUCGAGAAGCAAUAUCAUCCAGUCGUACCUUAGCCAACAAAGCAACGUGCUUACAUCGUCGGGCACCCACAAUCCUGGUGCACAUUUUCUCAUGACAGAGUUCUUGAAAAAAGAGGAACACAGAAGCAAAGACAUCAAGAACACACUCACGUUGGCACCAGAACAACCGGCCAAGGAUUUACCAGGGGUUAGCAGAGCGAUCAACAACGAAGACCUCAGCAAAUUACAUGCACAGCACUGGUCCGGGGUUAACGGCUGCUAUGACACAAAGGGAACCUGGUACGACUGGACCGAGUGCAUCUCCUUAGACCCACAUGGCGAUGCGAGCAGGUUGAACAUACUGCCAUACAUCUGUCUGGAUUAAAACCAGUGUCAGGAGUCUGACUUGAAAGCUGGCGUCAACAUACAGGGUAGCGGCUAAGGGUGUGUGAAGGCACUUCUGUUGGAGUAUGCUGCUGUUUUCUGCACUGUAGGUUCAAAAUGGAAUAAAUAUGCUGCCUGCUUGUGUUUGUUAGAGCACAGCGGUUGUAAUCAGUGUUUUUAUGAGUUUGUGAACAUUAUGUUUGGACAGCAUGAAGAGAUAUGGAUAUGUAUCAUCUGCAUUUAGUUGUUGGUUUUCUGUACAGAUUGAGUGUCCAAUUCCUGUCGUCGUUUGUAUGGGAGAGGACCAGCACAUCAUACCGCAGAGGUGUAUUCUGUUCAUCCUGUUAGUCCUAAUGCUUUGUGGAUUGAGACCGAAUGUUCUGCAUUUAUCACAUUUAUUUCAUAGUGCUGUAUUCUUCUUUUUCCAUUUAAAGUUAAAUUAAAUUGUGAUUGAAAUAAAUCUUAAAAUAACUACCUUCAUUUCCAUGGGUAUGAAAAAAUGUCAAAUAUUUCAUACACACCUUUUUAUAGCCCCCCCAUUGCAUGAGUGUCUUAUGAAACAGAAAGCAUAAAUCACAAAUCAGUUUUUAGAAAUGAUUUGCUUUUUGGUCACGGUUAGAUAAAGUGACAUGAAACUGACGCUCUGACUGCAGAAAAGAAAACUGACAAAGAAAUGUGGCUGUCAUUUAUAAUAUUGAUUAACAUUUAUAUACAUGUUCAGAUGAUACUGAAUCAUGUUUAUUGUUUAUUUAGAAUUUGGUCAGUGAUGCAGCAAUGACAUUCCAGACUUUCCCUGCUGAAACACCAACCUACCUUACACAGGACAUUUCUCAAAUGACACGUUUUGAUAAUGUGAACUAAUAUUUUAUACUUGCUUUUUCCCUUUACUGUAUAUUUAGCUUUUAAAAUAUGAAUUGAAAUAGCAACAGGAGCUUUUGCAGCUUGCUUGCAUCUUUGUACUGUCAGGAAUAAUUUAAAUAUAUAUAUUGAAAUGCUGGAUAAAGUACUUAGUAUCAUUCCUUUUUGAUAUUGUUUGCCUUAUGGAGACAUGUGUUUCCCUAAAGACAGAGCCUUAGUGAAUGUACAGAAAUUAGCUCUUUUGUGUUCAUUUGAGUGCAGAAGAGAACAUAUUUGCUACUUUGUCCUUUUUAAAUGGACGUGUUGAUAUCUGUUAAUAAAAAA